CUUUGGAAAUCCACCGGUGUCUGAUCAUCGAAACAUUUACACCGAUAGUACAGGUCAAACGGAUUCAUCCGCGGAACACCAAUUUGAUGACUCGAAUGAUAGUUCUGGUUUUGACAACAAUGAAACUAUUGCGUCGAUUGAAGAUGUUUCCAACGAGGCUGGUGUAAACAGUUGCAAGAUUUUCGGGCGAAACGAACAAUUGCAGGAUGUUCGAGCAGUGGAUCUUGAUAGCCCCAUGGAUCUAUCGACCCGUCGAACUCUUGCAAUAACACUUUGGAAGGUCGAUAACGAUUGGAUUGAGGGCCAAAAGAAGAUGAAAAACACGACAAUGGAUCCAUGAAAAGAUGAUCAAAGCAAUGAUGAUACGGACACAUCUUUGGAGAUGCACACGAAUACACCGCGACAGUCACUACCGUCGGAGAUGAAGAUGCGAUACAAGUGUCGUCUUUGUUAAUACUCUAGUAAUCAAUGGGGGAA